AUGCGAAAGGUGCAGGUGUCGAACGGAACAUGCGAUACCCCAACUACCAAUCGAUCAGUCGAUACCGACAACGAUAGCGACGAGGUGCUCACUCACGCAGCCACAGAAAGCCAGUGCGUGCCCAAAUCUUAUAUCCACUGGUGCUAUCACCCCAGUACAGAUUGGAUACUGUGGUAUCUCGUCAGCAAGUUACCGAAAGAGGAGGACGGCAGGAUAUCCGAUGUCGGAUUAACACCUGCUCGAGUCGACUCGGGCAUUGGGCUUCACUUGCUGGGACACGAAGAUGGACAUCUAUCACCUACCGCGGCGUCCACACCGUCAACCCCAAUCACUCUGUCCUUCCAUUUCAAAGACGGCACGACCACGAAACUCCUCGACUACCGUGUUUACUCCCAAUGGGCCAAUGUCAACUCCCUACUGAACGAACUGGCACAGGACGGCAUUGUCAUCGACGAGCUAUGGGACGUGAACGAGGACAUGCCGAUUGUACACGAUGAGUUGGAUGAGUUCAGCGAAGGAAACAAGAAACGAGCAUACAUGGUGGUUCACUCGAUGGAGGCAAAGAGUAGAAAAGACCGUGCCAGGGAGAAAGGAAGCAUUGGAUGA